AUGUUUAGACUCUACGAAGUGGACCCUGAUGCAGACACGCUGCUUAUUGUCCGCCCCUCGCCAGAGGUGACCAAAAACUCUGGGUUGGGGGUCAAUGGUCAGAACUUCAACACAGAGCUCCGGGUCAAGGUCUCGUCCAAGCACCUGAGCCUUGCCUCCCGCCACCUUUCCAACAAACUUCGGCACACUCCAGCUGACCGGUCGGAUGGAAGAAUACACAUUCAUUUGGAUGAUGCCGACCCGGCUGCCGCUACCGUGGUGAUGAACAUCAUCCAUUGCCGAGGCCAGAAAGUCCCUCGCAUCGUCACUCUCCAGACCCUUGCCGAUAUCGCCGUUUUCGUGGAUCGGUACCAAUGCUUCGAUGCCGUUGAGGCCCAUGGUGACAGGUGGAUCAGGGGAUUAGAGCACAACCUAGUAGAGGCGCCAGUAGCUAAGGCGCUGAUGCAGUGGAUUUACAUUGCUUACGUCUUUCGGCAACCUCUACUUUUCAAGCGUGUGACCGGCAUCGCCGUGUCGCAAAGCUCGGGAAUUGUUGGAACCUAUGGCUUACCAAUUCGCCAGAAGAUCAUCAACGCUAUCAAUAGACAGAGGCAACAACUACUGAUAAAGGCCGCAGAUGCUGUCAAUGAUGCGCUAGGUUGUAGCACAGCCGGUUCUGUUUGCUCCCUGGGCUGCGAAAACUUUCUCCACAACGCUCUCCAAGCCUCUCUCGCCCGUUCCGGUGUACCAUGGCCUCCCAGUUCUGCGACUGACGGUGCAGGGUUUGCGGCCCUAAUCGAGGCCUUUCGGGACAUCGAGAAAAUGCACGAGAACUGGCACUCCAACAUCGGUCCCGUCUUCGCCAAGCCACUGUAUUCGAGCAAGCCGAGCAAGCCACAGACCUACAGCACCGACUCGGACCAGCAUCAGGCCAUCGCUGUUCCCCAGUCGCAAUGUAUCGAGAGGCUGAGGCUAACAGACCAUUUGAGGGAAGUCGAGCGCCAAGCCGGAGGGCUUGAGCUGGAGAGCAGCCUUGGGUACGCUUUGUACUGA